CAUUCACUUAACCACUUCGGAACCUGAAAAGCCCUAACUUCUGAUAAAAUGACCCUAAUGCUCAAUAUUUGACCAUACACGCUGCCGUUUUAGUUCAUAGUUUUCUCUCACAAGCUCCAGACUCUCUUCCCCCGCUUCCGCCGCUGCUGCUGCUGCCGCCGCCGCACCAAGUUCUGGAUUUUCUUACCGCCACGAUUCGCUCCGAUUCAUUUGUCAAUCAAUUGUUGUCCCAAUAUGGGUAUUAUGGAUUCUGAAUCUUGUGUGAAUCAAAUGAGGAAAUGCCAAGAUUUAUCCCAAAAAUCUACAGAAAUUUCGGAUGAAAUUAGUGGUGAAGAAGCUAAUAAUGGAAAAGUUGAGCUAUCUCUUGGGCCUAUUACUCCUGAUGUAAACAAAGAGAAUGGGGAUUUCCCCUUAGAUCUUAGUUCUCCACUAACUGUUUUGAAAAAACUAUCUAAAGUACUAACCUUUGAUUCCAAAACCGAUUUAAAUCAGGACCCCCUUGCCUCUAUUGAUGAUUCUAGUAGCCCCAGAACACCAAAAGAUGGUGUUUUUGACCCAUUUGCUCCUGGCCCUGAUGACAAAGCCAUGGCUCCCUUGUGUAAGAAAUACUCUGAUGAAGCAAGGAUAAGUGUUGCAAGACGGCUUAAUUUUGGUUCUUCCAUCAAAGAUUUGAGCUUUAUAAGCCCUGGGGAUGAAGCAAAAUCGAUUUCAGAUGAGGAGAUGUUCAAAUCAGUGUAUGAAAAUCUUUUAGAGGUUAUUGUUUAUAACCAAACAGAGACUGCUCUUGCUGAAUUAUCAAACAUGGACAUGGAAUGGGAUUCUGAGGCUUGCACAACACCACCCUCAGCUCCUCGAAUAAGCGGAGUCGCUGAAACUUGCCCUGGCGCUCCUUUGAAAUCAACAGGUAAAUCAAGGAUUAUUGAUUUGGGAUUAUGCAAAAAGCUUGAAUUCUAACAAUAAUGGAUUUUAGUUUGCUAUCUGCUCUGUCGAGAUUGACACUGCGCCGCCCGUUCAUUUUGCAGGCGAGCAUUUUGUAUUAGUAUUAGUUUAAAGCUCUAACUUUUGUGCGUCAUAAUUUAACUUGUGGUCCUUAGAGAUUUAACCAAGAUCACUGAGUAGUACCAAAAUUGUAUAGUCAUUAAAGACGCUUUAUCUUCUUUUGAAUUAGCAAGUUUUCCUUUUCGCAGACUGCAACAGAGCAUUUUUCUUUGUUUAUGUGUAUGUUGUGUCUCACUUUAUGUUAUCUUGUAUAUCCAUGAAUAUGAAUUUCUCCACUUCAAUUUCA